GAGACCCUGAGGCCCCUUUUCCUGCCUUGGCCUCUCGCUGCGGGGUCUCCUUCCUCUUUCAGCCGAGCGGACCCUCGCCGAGAGUGAGCUGAGGCCCUGCCUCGGCCCUUUCCGACUCUCGGGAAGUUUUCACUCCGGUUUAGGGGUGGGGGUUCAGGCCGGGCGAUGCUGCGAAGUUUCAGCUCUUGUGGGACAAAUCAAGUCUGAAUCAUUGCCAUAACCCACCCUGGCAUGACUUUGAAAAUUUUAUGCCAUGAAGUAACCUGAUUUUGGGCCCCCAGCCUGCACAGGGCCACGAAAAAAUGCCUGACCGUGACAACACCUAUAACGGCAGUGGGAGCGGCAGCGAUGAGGCAAGUGCCAACUCCGAUGACAUCUGCCGGGAUUUCCUACGCAAUGUCUGCAAGCGGGGCAAGCGCUGCCGUUUCCGCCACCCCGACAUGAACGAGGUGACCAACCUGGGAGUGAGCAAGAACGAGUUCAUCUUCUGCCACGACUUCCAGAACAAGGAGUGCGUCCGCAUCAACUGCCGCUUUAUCCAUGGCACCAAGGAAGACGAAGACUGCUACAAAAAGACGGGGGAGCUACCCCCACGCCUUCGCCAGAAAGUGGCAGCUGGGCUUGGCCUUUCCGCAGCCGACCUCCCCAACAGCAAGGAGGAAGUACCCAUUUGUAGGGAUUUUCUCAAGGGGGAUUGCCAGCGCGGGGCCAAAUGUAAAUUCCAGCACCUUCAGCGGGAUUACGAGUACGACGCCCGGGGGUUGGCCACCCGGGAACAGGGCAUCACCACUCCCGUGCGCCGAUACGACCCCUAUGACCCCAUGUACGACACCGACCGAUGCUUUGAUGACCAUGACCCUGUGCUGAAGCGGCGGCGGGUAGAUGGGCUCCACUUUGAGACUUACGAGUACAACUUCACCAGCCCUCGCACGGUGGAAUACCGGCUCCUGGAAGAGGAGAACAUCAUGCUCCGCAAACGUGUGGAGGACCUCAAGAAGCAGGUCAACAACCUCCUGGCCACCAACGAGGUCCUGCUGGAACAGAACGCCCAGUUCCGCAACCAGGCCAAAGUGAUGACUCUCAGCUCCACGGCCCCAGCUACCGAGCAGACUCUGGCACCCACUGUGGGCACCGUCACCAACUAUAACCAUAGCAUUGCCCAGACUCACACCACCCUGAGCAGCCAAGCUCUGCAGCCACGGCCUGUGUCGCAGCAGGAUUUGGUGGCUCCAGCUGGUGCUCAGGCAGCUCCCCCUAGCAACGCAGCACCUCCCAUGAACCCAGAAAUCACCCCGCUGUCAGCAGCGCUGGCUCAGACCAUUGCCCAGGGGAUGGCUCCACCAGUCUCCAUGGCUCCUGUGGCCGUAUCUGUAGCGCCUGUGGCCGUGUCCAUGGCUCAGCCACUGGGGGGCAUCACCAUGAGCCAUGCCACCACCCCCAUGGUGACAUACCCCAUAGCCUCCCAGAGCAUGAGGAUAACAGCCAUGCCCCACUAGCCCACUUCCAAAGGGAAGUGUCUGUUCGGUCUGUGCUUUCGCUAGGUCGCUACUGGGAUCUGUUUCCCUCUCGUUGGAGGUGAUUAACGUGUGGAAGAGAGAACGAAACUGAUUUCAGGGGCGGAUCUGAAAAGCCACCGGAAACCUCAUCUCUGCACAGAGGGGAGGAUCAUAGCUUGGGUUCACAAUUGUCCUCACACAGGAAUACGUGGCGCUUGCCCCUCCCCCCCCCUCGGAUGACAGCAGGGCUCAGGGAUGCUAACAAAGCAAUUUGGAGAGUAUCAUAAUCUCAUAGCCUUUGUGUGUAUGUUGUAUCUAUUUUGCAGCUUGUCCAUCCUCAUGUAGCCACCCACCAGUCCCUUGUGAGUUUUGUAGCUGAGCAGAUUUCGCCACCUUGGAAGCGCUGCUUUUGCAUAGCCACACAGAAUUCAUCCUGUGGUGGUUGGUCCAGAGAGGAAAAAACAGCUAAGUUCCCAGGUGCUUGCCGGUGAAAUGAAGAGUGGCUUUGCUUUGCUCAGUGAAAGGGGCAAAGACUCUAAAACUGUACUAGCUCCACAAAGAGCAGAGACUUUUGUUAGCCUGCAUCAUGUAUCUUUGUACACUGUAUCUUGCUGUAGGAAGCCAGAAAUCCAGGCUCCUAGGUAUGGUUUUAUCUGAGUUCUGUUGCUGUAAUAAACAGUAAGCUGGAAAUGGUUCCAGAGCACAAAAUUAAAUAUUGCCUUUUCUUCUGAAUUGAUUAGGAAUGGACAGUUGAAAUUGUAGCCCUGGAAAGAGCAGGUUCAACAUACUAAAGUUUGAGAUUGCAGGCCAGCGGUGAUUGCGGACAUAUAUAAAGAUGGCAUCUUUUAUGGGUUUCUCAAAGCACCCAGGAUGCAAUGGCGGAAUAUCUCGUAGCUACCCAUAGGCUUGAAGCAGCCUAACUUCCCAUUGGCACUUACAGGGAUUCUUGAUGCCUUGCAAGCCCAGAAUAACUCCCACUGUUUUGUUCAUUCUUCUGAAAUGUUUCACUGCUUUCUGCCUGCAUUUCAUGUCUGAAUUGCUCCCAUGUGCAAGGUCUUGCUGGUUGUAGGGACUUACCUGCUCUGCAUCACUUCAUGUUUUGCUAUAUGGCAUACUUGAACUUCCCUCAUUCAGUGUUUCUGUUUCCUUUUUGGAAUUUUGUUAAUAAUAGCAACCCUCAGCUCCUCCUUGGGUCCAUAUUAGCUUUCGUGUUUUUCAUGUUCCAUUUGGAUCAGGGUUUUAUUUGAAUGUUUUGACAAAAAUGAGGAAAAUGCUUCAUGAACCUGCUGUUUCUACAGUUAACCGUGUAAAUGUUUUCAGCUAUUAAAACAAAUGUACAGUCCUCACAAA